CUCGCUCAUUGGACGUCGCAGUGCGAAAGUUUGCCUGGAACAUGAUAAGCUGUUCUAGAAGACAGUGCAGAAGCUAGAACCACGCGAAAACAAAAUUUGUUUUUUCUAUUUUUGAAUAUUACACAGGACAAUGCCUGUUGUCAAAUCGAUGUCAGCGAUAGUAGAUUGGAUUUGGGUCAUUUUCAAUCACCCAGAUAGUUGGUAUAGCCGAACACUCACUGAAGUAUAAACACAUGCCAUAUUUCGUACUAUGAAUGGUUCAAUUUUCGAUAUUUGAGACUCGCAGGUGAACUGCUUUUCGCAGUGGCACAGCGAGUGCUACAUAACCGUAUGCCUCCAAGUUAUCAGCUUAUUUUUUCACCUAUAUGUUGCCUUACACGUUUCUGUGGUCAUAUUCUCUGGAUUUGGUGUCUUUUCUAUGUAAAUUGGAAUAAAACAAUAAUUAUUGGUCAUCAUAGAUGGCGCUGUAGGGCUCUUCUCACAUUUCGUACUAUGAACGGUUCAAUUUUCGAUACUUGAGACUCACGGGUGAACUGCUUUCGCAGUGGCACAGCGAGUGCUACAUAACCGUAUACCUCCAAAUUAUCAGCUUAUUUUUUUUACCUAUAUGUUGCCUUACACGUUUCUGUGGUCAUAUUCUCUGGAUUUGAUGCCUUUUCUAUGUAAAUUUGAAUAAAACAAUAAUUAUUGGACAUCAUAGAUGGCGCUGUAGGGCUCUUCUAAGCCCACGCACGUGCGUGGCAAAGUCCAGUUUGCCUACUUCUAGUUCGUCAGCAGUGGGACCAGCAGGGUGCAGCAGGGUGUAGGUAUGGCGUCCGCGGAGGAGGCUUUGCCACGUCGUGUGACCCGGGAGCCAAACGAAGCCUUGCUGAAACUUAUGGCGAGAACAGGAUACACCAUACGGCAAGAAAAAUGGGAAAGAAAGUACGGCGGUCCACCUCCCGACUGGGAAAGCCCGGCUCCUUUAAAGGGUUGUGAAAUUUUCGUCGGAGGUAUUCCAAGAGACUGUUACGAAGACGAGCUCGUUCCAGUAUUUGAGAAGAUAGGAAAGAUUUACGAACUGAAACUCGUAAUGAACCGCCGCUCUGGACCCCAUAGAGGAUAUGGAUUCGUUAAAUACACUAACAAAGAACACGCGAAUCAAGCGGUAAAGGAGCUUCACAACUACGAAAUUCGUAAAGACCAGCUCUUGUGUGUUCGCAACUCUCCUAGGGUGGUUUUGCACGUGGGGAACCUUAUGUCGACAACUACAGAAGACAAAAUUAGAAAGCUGUGCAGUCAAGUUGUGGGAAGAGACAACGCUGUGGAAAGAGUAAAGAAGAUAAGAGAUUAUGCAUUCAUUCAUUUUAGAGACAGAGAUGCUACUAUCAUGGCCAUGACUAAACUUAAUGGAAUGAAUGUUGACGGUGCUUACAUUGAGGCUGUAUGGGCAAAAGGAAGAGAGCAGGGCUAUGGCAAUGAUCCUAGUUACUUGCCUCCAUUGUAUUACAACCCGAUGUCUCCACCACCCGCAAGCAGGGCGUUGGCAGGGCGAGGUCCCAUGGGCAUCAGAAGCCCUGUGCGAGGCCGAGGGAUGAUGAUGAGGGGGUGGGGCUUUAGGAAACAUCCAGCAGAGGUGCUCGAUGACCUUUGCCAGAAGAAGGGAUGGGGAAGUCCUGUAUACCAGCUUCAUUCUCUCAUGGGAAGGGAUGGAAGUGGUGCCCAACAGCUCUUAGAGCUCUUUUUGUACAAGAUCACCAUACCAGCUCUCGGUACUCAGUUUCCAAAUCGUAACCCAUUUACCCCAAAUAAACUGUGUUCUACUGUUGAGGGGGCAAAGGUUUAUGCAGCAGAGUACACUUUGAUGCAGUUAGGUGUGCCUCUUGAAGCCCUAGAGUACAUUAGCCCACCAUGUCCUUACACCCAGCCGAGCUAUGCCAACCACCCCGACCCACCUGUGGAACGCUUCCAACAGAUCGUGUGAAAAGCCAUGGAUGACCUACUGGUAGUUGUCGUUUUCUCUUCGAUGGUCGUUUGGCAAUCUCUACUAAUAGAGCCAGACAUUUUGACACCUGCUUUGACCGGUCUUUUCAAAGUCAAAUUAGCUGUUCAGUGC